AUGCACCUAUUCUACCCACUGUUUGCCGCACUGGCCAGCCAGUCCUGGCUGGUUGGUGCGUUGCCUGGGGAAUUGGAUGACUACUUUCGUUUACACCCUAUCUCAACUUUGUCCCGGCCCGCAACCGCCCAUAGCAGCCCAACUGCUACUAUCCAUGGCGUGUUUCAAUCCAACCCUGCACUUGUCCGGGCUGCUCGAAGCCGCUGUCCACUGAGCUGCAGUGAAAGUGGAUCCAACCACAGCAACUGGACUGUUUAUCACAGCGUUGACCGUUUAUCAUGGUGCAAUGAAACUAUGAUGCUUGACUUUGUACUCUUCAACUCACUUUCCAGUGGGAACAGUCACAAGAGCAUCCGGGCCUGUACUGUCAAUUCUGACGAUACAGCGCUUUCUACCCGCAGUGUCUCAUGCGAGGCCCAUACUGGUACCACCAAGAGCGUCACCGCAAGCUUACAAGUGGCCCAGACGAAGUCAAGUCGUUCCUCAAGUGAGGUGUCAGAUAUUGUUGCUGUCACUCAAGACCUCGAGAAAUACGUCAAGCAACAGGCCUCUUGUAAUAAGACCACUGCCUUUGCCACAUCUGGUAAGGCCGUGGUUGGUAUCUACGUUGGCUCUGAGAUACAAAGACAGGGCUUGGUAGAUACUGCCGUGAAGGAAUUUGUCUCUGCAUUGAAGGAAAGCAACUCGCCCGAUACAUUGCUCCUGCAGCUCUGCGAUGAAAGUCGUAGUAGUCGUUAUGGGCUUGGAAUAAUUGCUGAUGCUACUGGUGACAUCGCUGCGGUUCAACAUGCGGUCCAAUCAUGGACCAAUGGCGAUUGUGUGACUUCUUUUGGAGACUCCUCAGACCGGAAGAAUAUCACCUUCUCUAUGCAACUCCCGCACCAAGUUGCCACCCCCGCAAUUCAACCCUCUGCUAGUCAUGCUGCUCGCGCUUUGCACGCUUUGCACCCUCGAUCGACUUGUUCCACCACUCAGGUUCAAUUCGGACAGCUAUGUGGUGAUCUAGCAACGACUUGUGGUAUCACCCUCUCUCAGUUCUAUGAGUAUAACUCAGGCUCCACCACAUGGUGCAACAACUUGGUACCAGGCCAGCAUGUCUGUUGUACCUCAGGCACACUCCCUGACUAUACGCCUUUAAAGUACUCCAACGGUACCUGUCAUACCUAUGCCAUUCAGCCUGAAGAUACCUGCAAGGGUCUGUCGGCAGCCUAUGACAUAGAUGCUGACGAUAUUGAAAAAUGGAACAAAGAGACGUGGGGCUGGUUCGCGAUGGUUCCCCCCUAUGCCCGCUCCGGUUGCCAAUGCUGUCUGUGCACAAUCACCCCGCCCUCUGGCACAAAUUUGUCCACACUGAACGAAUGUCCACUAAAUGCCUGUUGUGAUGUUUGGGGACAAUGUGGCACAACGGACGAAUUUUGUACCAUCACUGAAUCCACUACCGGGGCACCUGGCACUGCGAAGAAUAACACAAACGGCUGCAUCCCGAACUGUGGAACUUCAAUUGUCAAAUCCGAUGCCCCUUCAGAAUUCAGGAAAGUCGCAUAUUUUGAAGGCUACGAUCAGACACGCCCCUGCCUGAGUGCGUCCGUGGAGAGCAUCGCUGCCAAAGACUAUACCCAUGUUCAUCUGGGAUUUGCUACCAUCACCUCCGAUUUCAAAGUCAAUGUGUCCGAUAUCACAGGACAGUUCAAUACUUUCGUCAAUCUUGGCACCAACUGGAAGAAGAUUCUUUCAUUUGGUGGCUGGGACUUCUCUACAAACUUGGACACAUACGAUAGAUUCCGCCAGGCUGUGACUGAGGAUAACCGUGCUACUUUUGCCUCCAACGUUGUCGCUUUUGUGGAGAAGUAUAACCUUGAUGGUGUUGACUUCGAUUGGGAGUACCCCAGCGAGCCGGAUAUCGAGUUCAUUCCGGCUGGCAGUUUGCAAGAUGGUAUCAACUAUUUCAUGUUCUUGGAUGAGUUGCGGGUUCAAUUCCUGGAAUCCUCUAAGCCUGGAACGUCCAUCUCAAUUGCUGCCCCUGCCUCGUUCUGGUACUUGCAAGGUUUCCCAAUCCAAGCUAUUGGCCAAAUCGUCCACUACAUCAUUUUCAUGACCUACGAUCUCCAUGGACAAUGGGAUUACGACAACAAAAACGCCCAGAUUGGCUGCCCUGCCGGAAACUGCCUGCGAUCCGCUGUGAAUCUCACAGAAACCAUCAACAGCUUGUCAAUGAUCACUAAGGCUGGUGUGGCUUCAAGCAAGAUCAUGGUUGGUGUCACUAGUUAUGGCCGAUCUUUCCAAAUGACAACGCCAGGGUGCUAUGACCCAAUGUGCACCUACACUGGACCCGAAUCUGGGGCAUGGAAGGGUUCUUGUACCGAUACCGCUGGAUAUCUCGGCAAUGCGGAGAUUUCCUAUGCGCAGUCUACCAUGUCCGACCCAGACUACUUUUUUGAUGCGGAUAGUUACUCUGACACGCUGGUUUUCGGAGACACGCAGUGGGUAGCCUGGAUGAGUGAUGCCAAUAAGGCGGUCCGAACAGCACUGUAUGAGAGUCUCAACUUUGGUGGCACAACGGAUUGGGCUGUGGACCUCGACGGAGACGAGAGUACACUCGAAUCCCAGUGCAAAUCUAUCAGUGCAGCCACUGGAUCUUCCUUCCCAAGUUGUACCCCCAAGACUUCCACUACGGGUUGUACUGCGGGCACUGGCAAUGAUGACUACAAAGAUUUGUGCGAGUUCAGUUGCCAGUACAACUUCUGCCCGAGUCCCAUGUGUACCUGCACUGAGAACGGUACAAUUGUUUCUACUUUGAUUUCAGCCACUGGCAGCUACUGUCCAGUCUCCACUUUGGAUACCAGUUACUCUGGCCUUUGUGCCUUCAGCUGCGAAUAUGGUUACUGUCCAGAAGACUAUUGCAAGAAGAUGACAAGCCCGACUUUCUACUCCUGCGACAACCCCAUGAUAUUGGAGCAGCUUGGUGCUAAUUUCUCAAGUGAUGCAAGCUGUGCGGACGUUGGUGCCUCUGGGAUCAUUGACUCCUCGAUUUGGGAUAAAAUAGGAACCACUCUUGCAUUGUCCUCAUACCUGGACGAUUAUGACGGCGACGAUUUUGUCAUGGAAAUGAUGAACCCAUUGGGCCGCGGACAAAGUAUGUCCGCUUGCUCUAGAAUUGAUUCCGAGACAUGUCUGGCACCGGACGGCACGACGACAGAAGAGGGUACAGGUUGGAAGUAUUGCACCGCUCUGUCGAUAUCAACCGGUGAUAUGCCCUCGAACUUCAGCAACCUCGCAGAGACCAUGUACAAAGACUUCACUUGGCCACCACCUCCGGACAUGGGCCUCUUUUUGUCAGAGUUUUUAACAGCAAUCAGUACAAUGCUUGUGGUUGUCACCACUCUGACAGGAAAUGUCGAGGUGACGGCAGUGGGCGCUUUCCUCGGGGGCAUGGUCACCGAAGGUCUGAACGCAAUCAAUGAAGUUGAUAAGACCGCAGCCGACAAUCUGAGUCUCACGGCCUCUUCAUGGUCGGUUGCCCUUCAAAAAGAGUGGGUAGUCGCUUGGAAAGAAAAUAUUGUUCGCGGCAGCAAGAAGAUGAUUGACUUAUUCGACCAUGGUGUCUUUUUGGACAUACGGAAUAUUCCUAUCAUCAGUCCAAAGGCUUCGAAUCAAAUCAGUGAGAUUGAAGUUCAACAGCAUAUUCAACAGAUCUUUGAAGCUACGAUUGUCAAUAAGUUAUGGAACGCGGACACGGUCUUCCUAUACUGCUAUCCAAUGGAUGAGAGCACCUUCGACGGCUAUACAGACAAGUGGAACGAGAAGCUCCAGGCUUGGGUGGAUCACGAUGAUGGUUACGGGUGCUACUUACAAGGAAUAAGCGAUUAUAAUGUCAUUUAUACAUAUGAUGACCCUCCUGGCUACAAGGUGAGAUUCAAAUACGUUGAGCACCUCAAAAAUGGCCUCGAACAUCUACUAACUGUGGUGAACUGUCAGGACUUGGACACCGGAACUUAUAACUUCACGAUUGACCACGUUAUCCAGGGCAGCUACAAUAGCUUUGUGACUGGAGGAUUCAAUUAUACUCCACCGGUGGAUACAAAUGUUGAUACAACCUUGAAAUGGUCUUAUUCGGACAUUAUGGAGAGGAAGAUCUACACUCAGCCGGGAAUGUUCAACCUGUGGAUUUGCGACCCAUCAGAUGAAUGGUCCAUCUCCAAACUCUACGAGAACAUGGACUAUCCUGGAUAUGGCUCCACUGCCAGUAUCUGCGGUUGCCAAGACUAUGAGGAUAAGAACGGAAAGAAGUUCUCUGAUUAUCUGAAUAUUGGUACUGGUUGCUCUUGUGGUGGAGGUGCUGGCUGUUGUGUUGAGACUGGUAGUGUUACGACUUGCCCGUAG